AUGAACUCAUCAUCAAUGUUAAUGUUAUUGUUGUUGGUACUUGUUAGUGUAUCAUGUGUACAUAGUGCAUUACCAUCAACUACCAAUUGGGACUCAAUCGAUCCAAACAUAUUGAAGUACUUCAACUCUUCGAUACCAUCACCACCAAAGACCUACAUUGGCGCAGACUUUAGUAGCUUUGAAUCCAAUCCAUUCACUACGUUCACGUUGACUGCAAGUCAAUGGACACCCAAUGCCUGUGGUCUGUCAUUGCCCAACACUGCCAAGUUCCCUCAACAAGGAAUAGAGUACGGCUCCACUCAGGCGAAUGGCGCAGCCACUGCCUGUCGCGUUGGCCUAGGCACCAACAAUGUGAUGGUGUUGUACAACAAGCGCGAACCAGUCAACACGACCCCUGUUAGUGCCAAUCCUACAUGGGCACAGUUCCGUUUCCCCGUACCACCACGCUCCGAGCUAGGCCAACCACUUAGUCUGCGCAUCAACCUUGACCCACGCCGCGGUGGUGGCUUCCAACUCUACGCGUAUGGCGGCAACCCCUGUAUGAGUGGCUCGACUCCCGAGUGUAACCUUCGCAUCGAGGGACAAUGGUCCAGGACCACUGCCGCGGGCUAUUGGGUACUGCUUGGAACGCCCAGUGCAGGUGGCUACAUGAUCAUGGGUCCAUACUUGGACGACCCCGAGCUCAAUAUCCAAUUGCCCUCCGAGUUUAAGGACGCGUCGAUUAAGGAGAUCGACGUGGUCAUCUUUGCCUUCAACACCUAUCCCUACAAGACUGAGUGCGACUCAACUCAGCCCAUCCAGAACUGCUAUAUCUACGAACACAAGUCCCUUGGCAUCGUAUCCGUGUCUAUACUCAAUGGUCUGGAGUUCACCUACAACUCGCUGCCAGACCCCUCGCGCCCUCGUCUCUUUGGCAAUCACUCAUACUUCUGGCAAACCAAGGUCAACCCAUUCUACACGCUGCCAUGCGACAGCCUUGCCACACUGGGAAUUGGCGUCAAGAGUGUCAGGGACUCGUAUGAGACAGUCCUGUUCUCUGGCUCAUCGUGCAGGAACAACCGUGUCGCCACGCUCAGACAGCACACCCUUGCCAAGAAGUACUUUGAUGGCACGGUCACAUGGGACCAGUACAAUCAGUAUAACAAUGGCCUCAACGUCAUGUACGUCAUACGCUUCCUGCGCUCAUGCUUUGCGCUUGGUCGCAAUGAUUGUUACUUCUCCCAAGCCGACCUGGAUGCCCUGGUCCCACUCUUCAUUGCCAAGGAGUUGUCCUGGUUCAGCAACUGGGUGUGGUCUGACCCCAACUAUGGUGAUGGCUACGGUCCCUUUGGCUUUGACCUCGGCUCCAAAGGCCCGUGCAAGUACUGGAGUGUCUUCUACGACCUGUUCUACAACGACCUGGCCGUGGACCAGCGCGCACUAGUCUCAUCAAAGAUCGAUGAGAUGGCCGCCAACUUCCGUCGAAACUACAAGAACCGUUCAUGGAACAUUUGGAACGGCAACAACUGGACGCCCGUGCUCUCCUCUGGUGCCAUCUACCUGUCUGUUGCUCGCUGGUAUGAGAACAGUACACUUGCGCAGGGUCUGCUCACGGACAUCCUCUCCGUGAUGUACCGCACUCGCUACACCAUCGCGUCGGACGGCGUGUUUGUCGAGGGUCUGGCACACUACACAUCGAUGAACGUCGACAACAUCAUUGAGAUGGACAUGUUGAUCAGCAACACCUUUGGCAUCCACCUCGAAUCGCCCCGCUGGAACUACUUUGAGACAAGCUACAAGUGGAUCCUGGAUGCCAUCCUCGUGGACGGCCUGACAAUGGACUUUGGUGACAGUCACAUCACGCAGUAUGGCUCACUCACACCUAUCUACUCAAUGUACAUUCGCGAGAUACUCCAGGUGGGCACGGCCAACGUCGACCCAUGUGCUGUUGCCGCGUUUUGGAUCAACAACUACUUCAACUCGGGCUUUGACAUUGGCUACGACUAUUACCCUGUGAUGGCGCGUAACUGGUCUGCCGUCGUUCGCAAGUGUCCAUCACUUGGCGACAAGGCAUCACUGUAUCCAGUGGGUGGAAAUGGAAUGUUCCGUCGUCGCGUUGUUGACAAUGGCUACGCCAUCGAUGUUCGUCGCCAGCUUGAGGGCUACACGGGCCUGGCAUUGGAGGCCAAGUACAACGGCUACCCCCACACAGAGUCAGACUUUGGAGGCAUCAUCUGGUCGGGCUUUGGCAGCAGGUUCGUCAGCGACAUGUCAUACGGCACCAUCGCCAAGGAUGACAAGACAUUGCAGUUGGACAAUGGAGGAGGAGGCGCCAGUACUAUGGUCGUGGAGGAUGCCUGGGACUCGAGCAAGCCAACCAUUGUCAACAAGGGCCAGUUCUCACCGGUGCGCGGAACCAUCGAGAAGUUCAACCAGACUGUCGACGGCCUAUCCAUCGACUACUUCAAGUUGGACGGCAGCGAUGUGUUUGGCCGCAACAGGAGUGCCGAUGGAUGGCUCAAGCGCAUGCUAAGAUACGCCAUCUCUGUACCAGGCGGCCACUACAUCCUCGUGGACUCAUUCACCAAGCAUGAUCGUCUGCAAUCGGUGAGUGUGAGCGAGUACUUCUACUCGAACCGCGUUCCAACAUACAUUGCCACGUGUGGCAUGUGGGUCUGGCACACGGAACCCUCGUUGGUCAGUCAGUCCGAGAUUGAGCUCCGACCAAAGUGCAAUGACCUCGCACAGCCCGAGAUGGCCACCUCCGUCGGCCGCAUUGUUGGAGCGUCCGUGUCGGCCUUGACCUCAUUCGUGGUCGAUGGCAACAUCACCUUUGAGUCACAGGCACCCAUCAACACUGUGUAUCGCACACGCUACUCCCAGUCCGCACCCGUCAGCUCGCCCGAUGCCCGAGUGUUCUUGAUGACCGCCGCCAAGAACCAGACUUCGCUGCCUGCCACGCGCACCGUGACCAAGCUGGGCAGCUGUGUUGGCGCCCUGACCUGCUUCGAAGUGACUGUUGGCGCAUCGUCCUACCGUAUUGAGUUAUCAUCUGACUCUGUUGGCUACAAUCUAGAGUGCGUUCGUCCAAAGGUCGGUGGCACCUACAGCUCCACACCUUGCUCUCCAGUCAGCACGACCACAACUACAUCAUCAUCGACUACAACACUCUUGUCGACAACUACCACAACGACAACAUCUCAACCGUCGUCGACCACCACAACUACCAACUCACCAACGACCACUACCAACUCGCCAACAACUUCCACUCAGUCGUCAACUACCACUACUUCUUCAACAACAACAGGACUAUCUGUUGCAGUUAGGAACAUACCAUCAUUCAUUGUACUUGUACUUGUAUCCAUUGUCACCAUAAUCAUCACCAUCAUGUAA